AUGGCGGGAUCGGGAGGGGUAGCCUUCACCCAGAUUAAUCUGCAUCACAGCAAAGGGGCCUCAGCUGUUUUGGCCAGGCAACAAGCUGGGAAGCAAACAUGCAUAUCACUAAUGCAAGAACCCUGGGUAAUCCGGGGUUGCAUCAAGGGCUUGGCGGCUUGCGGUAGGCUCUUGAGGGCCCCAUCAGUGGAUCGGUUCAGGGCUUGCGUGGCCGUCAAGGGUAUGGAAGCCCAGCUAAUACCUCACCUGUGUUCCAGGGACGUUGCGGCUGUAGAAGUGGAUUUCACUGCUGACUCCGGUGACAGAAAGAAAAUGGUUGUGUGCUCGGCCUACUUCUCUCAUGACAAGGGGGAGGCGGUGCCACCUGCACCGGUAAUAAAACUGGCAGAAUACUGCCAAGAGAAACGGCUUUCCCUGAUCAUGAGAUGUGACGCUAACGCGCAUCACACUGUGUGGGGAAGCUCGGACACCAAUGAAAGAGGAAUGAAAGUGUUGGAGUUCCUAGCAUUUACGGAUCUGGAGAUUCUUAACACAGGAGACGAGCCCACCUUCUGCACUAUAGCGAGAAGAGAAGUGCUCGACAUCACUGUCUGUUCCAGGCAGUUGUUACAGGAGAAGGAAGGAGAUCAAUUCAGAAACCAGAGGAGAACCAAGUGGGACUCUUAUAGGGAAGACCUGGCCAGCAGUCUCAGAGGCUUCCCUAAGAGGCACGGGACAGAAGAAGAACUGGAGACCUGUGUGGACUACUUGCAGAGGUCUCUGGUAAACUGCUACGAAAGUAAUUGCCCCGAAAGGGCGGUUACAAAUAAUAGAGGAACUUCCUGGUGGACCCCUGGACUGCAGGGUCUCAGAGUGGCGGCUCACAGGGCCUGGAAUAGAGCUAGGAACACGGGCCGCCAAUCCGACUGGGAGCUCUCUAGGAGGGCACAGAAGGAAUAUAGAGACUUUGUGGUUAGGGCGAAACAGGAAAGCUGGAGGAAGUUUUGCGAGGAAGUGGAGGGAAUGCCCGAAACGACAUUGGAGAAGCUGGUGGACGCCUAUCUGAGGAAGACAACUCUGUGGAGGCAUCCUCUCCAUAAAAAUCAGCACACGUAUCGUCCGGGCUAUUCCACCGAGACUGCUCUACUUCAAACGGUAGCGUUUAUUAAGGAGCUGCUAGAAAGGAAGGGGGUGCUUUCUUGGACAUAG